UCUUCCUCAUAAAAGCAAUAUUUGUGAUAAAAGUGAAGAAUUAUUACUAAAUUUCAAAUAUUAAGUAUAUGUAUAGUUAUGUAAAAUAUCAUUUGCUAUCACGAUAUCCCACUGUUACACUCAAAAUAACUAUUUUGGUUAUGCAAAUGCUCAGAAGUAAAGAAUCAUAAUGUUAAGAAUUUGGUCAAGAGCUUUCACAUUUGGAACUGGUCGGAUAGCCCAAAAAUGUGCACUAUCAACUACAAGUGUUUUUCGUCGCUCAGAGAAAGUAACAAUGCGUCCAAAACUCAGGACAAAUAGAUCACGGAUUGGUGAGGGGAUGCAAAGACGUCUUGAAGACAUGAAACAAAACAGUGGUCUCCCAAAAUAUAUAUCGGAAAAGAUGCAUGAAGGACUUCGAUCUAUUGUCCCUUCAGACUACAUCUAUACGAGACCAGUUGGUUUAUCGUUUGACCUCAUCACGAGCCACCUUGUUGACAGAUAUGAGAAUGUUCAAACUCGGGAGGAAAAGUUGAAUUUCUUGGAAACUUUGAGCGAUUUGGAAUUGCAGCGACUGUUGGUUCUGGUCGGUCAGCAACAUCCUAAUAAAUCGGAACCAACUGAUAUUCUCGACAGCUUGAUUAUUGAAAGUUGUCGCCGAUUCAGGUAUUGGGAUACAAGAACUCUAUUAUACACCAGUGAUAUUGUGUUCCAGAUAGAUUGUGUGCCCAAAUUAUUUUACAGAAGGCUUAUAUCCCAUGUAUCGGGGCAGUGGUCGAAUUUGAAUUUGUCCUCUUUGGAAAUAUUACAACUGCUGUUUUAUAUGGCCUACUUGGGCGAGACAUCGGAACAGCUCAUGUUGAAAAUUGAAAAUAAACUCACUGAGAACAUCCAAGACUUUGAAAUGGAAUAUUUGUCAAUACUAUGUUCUGCCUUCUUUGUUGUGAACCGUCGUGUAAAAAGUCCAGAGUUGGUCGACUGGAUUGCUAAAAGUACUUUAGAAAAUUUUGAUUCAUUGCCUAGACACCAGAUAAACAACGCCUUGAAGGUUCUGCGCCAUGCGAGUUAUCAAAACCCGAAUCUUUUCGACUCGUUGGGAGCAAAAUACCACCACCAAUAUAAGGAUACACUUUCUGUUGGCCUCUUAAAGGAAGUAAUGGAGCCUCUCCGGUGUUACGCGUCUCUCAGAAUCUACAACAAAGACCUUCUCAGCCUUGUCCGUGAUACCUUUACAGAACUGCAAAGUAAGAAAGCAGAUUUGACCGGGUUGAGAUCAAAAGAUUUUUCUUACUUGCUGUGGGCCUUGGCAGUGUUCGACUACAAACCUGACAUCGGUACGUUAGGUUACUUGGCGGACUGGUUGAGGACUCUGCAGCAACGCGGCGACUUUGACACGUAUCCCGAGUCUUUAGUAAAUGGGGUUAUGGCACUGGUGCUGAUGGACUACUUCCCGGAGGAUCUGAUUAGUACAACGUUAGAAUCCAAGCUGCUGAACAGAAUUAGAGUUCUACGCCACAUGGACAAGUAUUACCACCUUUUGAUCAUAGAUGCCUCCACAUCCAUCCAAUGCCCAGACUACAAGGGAUUCCAGCUGCCAAAGGGUUUCAUCAACAACUUGCCAAACUCGGUCCUCGGCAAGAUCAACACGGAGUUGGAGGGAAGAGCUGGUCUCCAUGCCGUUUUUUCUGCCAUACGUGACAUAUUCAUUGAGGAAGACCUCGUCCAGUGUCACUUUAUACUGCCACAUUUUCAUACUGCUAGUAUAGAAAUUCACCUAGAUGCAGAAAACCGUCCAAUGAAACUACCUUUCCAGGACGUUCAAAGAGACUUUGCCACUAUUUACGAAGGUCUUUUCCGGAGCAAAAACGGUCACCAACGGCAUUCUAAAGGAGUGGCAGUGACGAGUCAACUCCUUCAAGGAUUAUGUGGACAAAAUGGUGGCGAGGACCAAAAAAUUGCUGUCGCUAAACCAGCAAGAAGAAUCGCCAUAGAAAUCCUCGGUUGGAACCAAGUGUGCUACAAUAAGCAAGAACGCCAACUCAUCACAAGUGAAAUCAAACAGAGGCAUUUGAGGAAACUUGGUUUCGAAGUCAUUCUGAUCCAUCCAGGCGAGGCUCACUCGAUGCAGGACUACAGCCUCCAACACCUCCACCAGUAUGCUGAGGACAAGAUCAUGAGACCACUGAAUAUUCAAUUAUAAUUAUGAUUACCAUGGUUGAGAAUCUGUUAUACAAUGAAGCUGAUAUUGCUCAACUACAUGUAUUGGACUAUUCUGUAGAUCAGUGGCGGAGUGGUUUAACAAAGUGAUGCUAAACUGGAGGACUUCACUACGAUGGAGGUUGAUUCUUCACAACGUACUCCUGACACUGUGUGACCCAAAGGUGUAGAAGGUUAAUGGUUGGGCAACUGUUCUAUUCAAGAAAAUCAUGUGUCCUACCACUUGAAUUUUUUCGCAGUUUUGCACAUUUAUUACAUUUAUUACAAAUUUAUA